CCGAGGUGGUCCUUCCUCCUUCCCCUCAUGGGACUCUGAGCAGAGGGGCUUGGCGCCCCCCCCGCACCCACAGCCAAGAGACCCACGCCCAGACGCCGCCUCCUCCUCCCCUGCCCUGCCCUGCCCUGGCCCCUCCAGGUGCGGAGUCCAGCCCCGCAGCAAUGGCGUCCAACGCGGCGGAGAGGGAGAUCUUCCUCACGGACCUCCAGCAGGGGGAUGUGCGAAGUAUAAUGGUCUCUGAGAAUGUGACAAUUGGACAAAAGUUUGACUAUACAGACACGAUAGUACAGCAGAAGUUGGAUGAAGUAAAGGACCAAAUUAAACGGGAAAUAAGGAAGGAACUUAAAAUCAAGGAAGGAGCAGAAAACCUCAGGAAAGUCACUACAGAUAAAAAAAACUUGGCUUACGUAGACAAUAUUUUGAAAAAAUCAAACAAGAAAUUAGAAGAAUUGCAUCAUAAAUUACAGGAUUUAAAUGCACAUAUUGUUGUAACAGAACCUGAAGAUGUUACAGAUUGUCCCAGAACUCCAGAUACACCAAACAGUGAUCCUCGUUUUCCUACUAACAACAGGCUGAUGGCCUUAAAAAAACAGUUGGAUAUAGAAUUGAAAGUAAAGCAGGGAGCUGAGAACAUGAUCCAUAUGUAUUCUAAUGGUCCAUCAAAGGAUAGAAAGCUGCUUGCAACGGCUCAACAAUUGCUUCAGGACAGCAAGACAAAAAUUGAAGUUAUAAGGAUGCAGAUUCUUCAGGCAGUCCAGACUAAUGAGAUGGCUUUUGAUAAUGCAAAACCUGUAAUAAGCCCUCUUGAGCUUCGAAUGGAAGAAUUGCGGCAUCAUUUUAGGAUAGAAUAUGCAGUAGCAGAAGGAGCAAAAAAUGUGAUGAAGUUGCUUGGAUCUGGGAAAGUUACUGACAGAAAAGCACUCUCAGAGGCUCAAGCAAGAUUUAAUGAAUCAAGUCAGAAGCUAGACCUAUUAAAGUAUUCAUUAGAACAAAGACUGAACGAACUCCCUAAAAAUCACCCCAAAAGCAGUAUUAUUAUAGAAGAGCUUUCACUUGUUUCAUCACCAACAUUAAGUCCACGACAGAGCACAAUAUCUACACAGAAUCAGUACAGUACACUGUCGAAGCCAGCAGCUUUAACAGGUACUUUGGAAGUUAGACUGAUGGGUUGCCAGGAUAUUCUGGAGAAUGUCCCCGGUCGAUCAAAAGCCACCUCCAUUACUCUACCUGGAUGCAGUCCGAGUGAAGCUAGAUCAUCUUUCAUGAGUCGAACAAGCAAAAGUAAAAGUGGGAGUAGCCGAAAUCUUCUGAAAACAGAUGACUUGUCCAAUGAAAUCUGUGCUGUUUUGAAGUUGGACAAUACUGUGGUUGAUCAAACUAGCUGGAAGCCUAUUUCCAAUCAGUCAUGGGAUCAGAAAUUUACACUGGAACUUGAUAGAUCUCGAGAAUUAGAAAUUUCUGUUUAUUGGCGUGACUGGAGAUCUCUGUGUGCAGUGAAAUUUCUAAGGUUAGAAGAUUUCUUAGACAACCAGCGACAUGGCAUGUGUCUCUAUCUUGAACCCCAGGGUACUCUCUUUGCAGAGGUCACAUUUUUUAACCCAGUUAUUGAAAGAAGACCAAAACUUCAGAGACAAAAGAAAAUUUUCUCUAAGCAACAAGGCAAAACAUUUCUCAGAGCUCCUCAGAUGAAUAUUAACAUUGCCACUUGGGGGAGGCUGGUGAGAAGAGCUAUUCCUACAGUAAAUCAUACUGGUACCUUCAGCCCUCAAGCUUCUGUGCCUGCUACAGUGCCAGCAGUUGAUACUCAGAUUCCUGAAUUAGGGUCCCCGACUAGUGACUGUCCUGUAGCCAAAUUGGUAUUUGAGCUUGAACCUGAAACCCCACGUACUCCACCACGUGCUUCUUCUCUUGGAGAAAUAAGUGAACCUUCACCUGAGCCAAAAGCUCCAGCUACACCCAGUCAGGAUACAGAAACAUUUGAUUUUGAAAAUGACAGAAACAAUUUUAUUCCCAAGCUUCCACCAGAGAUUAUUUGUGAGACUCAGAUUUCAAACUCUGAUACAGAAUAUACGAUACGAGAGACUGAUGAUAGCAGAAUACAACAGAGAUUUCAGUUUAGUUUACAAGACUUCAGAUGUUGCGCUGUACUGGGUAGAGGACACUUUGGAAAGGUCCUGUUGGCUGAGUAUAAAAAUACAAAUGAAAUGUUUGCUAUUAAGGCCUUAAAGAAAGGAGAUAUUGUUGCUCGGGAUGAAGUAGACAGCCUCAUGUGUGAAAAGAGAAUUUUUGAAACUGUGAACAGUGUAAGGCAUCCCUUUCUGGUGAACCUCUUUGCCUGUUUCCAAACCAAAGAUCAUGUAUGUUUUGUAAUGGAAUAUGCUGCUGGUGGAGAUCUUAUGAUGCAUAUACACACUGAUGUCUUUUCUGAACCAAGAGCAGUAUUUUAUGCUGCAUGUGUGGUUCUUGGACUGCAGUAUUUACAUGAGCACAAGAUAGUUUAUAGAGACUUAAAGCUAGACAACUUGUUGCUGGAUACAGAAGGCUUUGUGAAAAUAGCUGAUUUUGGUCUCUGCAAGGAGGGAAUGGGAUUUGGUGACAGAACAAGUACAUUCUGUGGCACUCCAGAAUUUCUUGCUCCAGAAGUGUUGACAGAAACAUCUUAUACAAGAGCUGUAGACUGGUGGGGUCUUGGUGUGCUUAUCUAUGAAAUGCUGGUUGGUGAGUCUCCUUUUCCAGGAGAUGAUGAAGAAGAGGUUUUUGACAGUAUUGUAAAUGAUGAAGUAAGAUAUCCUCGAUUCCUUUCUACAGAAGCCAUCUCAAUCAUGAGAAGGCUUCUGAGGAGAAAUCCAGAACGACGCCUUGGUGCUGGUGAGAAGGAUGCUGAAGAUGUCAAAAAGCAUCACUUUUUCCGGUUGAUUGACUGGAAUGCAUUGCUUGCCAAGAAAGUGAAGCCUCCAUUUGUCCCCAUCAUAAGAGGAAGAGAGGAUGUUAGCAAUUUUGAUGAUGAAUUUACCUCAGAAGCGCCUAUUCUCACUCCACCCCGAGAGCCUAGGAUACUUUCUGAAGACCAGCAGGAAAUGUUCAGAGACUUUGACUACAUUGCUGACUGGUGUUAAUCCUUUAGACACUGUGAAAUCCAAGCAGACUGGUUCAUCAAAACAGCGUUCUCCCACCUCCCUCCCUUGAGAACAGUACCAGUCACUGGACUGGCCUCUGUGCUGCCUGUAGCUUCUGAUUUUCAAAUCAUAUGAAGUUUUUUUUUUAAGUACUGUUUUUAAUACACAUGAGGUCUGGCCUCUUUGUUUUUGUAUAUCUUUUUUAAAAAAUAUCUUGAGCACUGGAAAUUUUUUGCAGCUCUUUAAGCUGAAUUGGUGGUUACAGGCUGUGUGCCAUUCUCGCAUGGACACACUUGUGCUAUAUCUUUACACUUUUACAGCAGAAAACAUGGUGGGGUGGGGGGGAACCAUGCCUUAAGAAGUGGAACAGCAACCAGAAACUAAGCUAGACUGAAAACCAUCUACCCAGAUUUUAAUGGAAGAAGGCAAAAGCUGUUGGUCCUUUACAAAUAAAAAAUCAUUACAAAAUCCAAAAAUUUAUAGACCGAAGGACUGUUAAACACACUAUUGACUUGAGUUUUUAAAAAUAAUGAGGAUUUACAAAUGAUGCCUUGUUUUGUAAGCUUUCUGUGGUAUUUAUUGGGGGAAAUGUUAAAAAGCCUUACCUAUGUGAAAACAGUAUAAGUGCUUCCAUUUUUUUAAACCGGAGGGGGGAAUGGGCCAAGUCCUGAACAGUUUACCAAAGUCACAUGCCAAACAAUUUUUGCCUUUUAACUAUUUUAAACACCAUUCAGAAACAACCAGCAGAUAGGAAGAAUGUAAAUAAGUAAGAAUGUCUCCUCAGUCUUAACCAGAAAUACUUUCAGUGUGUGCAUUUCCCACCAAAACGCAAUCAUUGUUAAUGUACUCUUGAAUUCAUGACUGUUCCACAUUAACUCCAUAGAGAAUGCUGAUUUUCCAAAAUAUCCUGUCUAGCUAUGUCAGUCAUCUUACGUUUGCUAAUUUAGUUUUACCAUAUCAUUUUUUAAAGGAACAAGGAACCUUUCUGUAUACAUGUGUUAUACAUGUAUAUUUGGAAUUUCUAGUAUAUUUUUGUUUCAACGGAUAGGCAAACUGUGUACCACUUCCUUUAGUUUUUGUCCAGUGGCUAUGUGAAUGUAUUGUUGAAUCCAGAUUUAAUAGGGAAAAUGUACUUAUAUACAUCUUUCAAGCCACUGAAUUCCAUAAUUUUCAUUGGCAAAUAACUGAAAAUAAGGGUAAAAGCAAUAAGUUUUAAGAGAAUGUAUAAAUAUUUUUGAUAAAACUUGUAUAUUUUAAGCCUCUUAACACAAUGCUGUACCUCAGAAGUUAAAAUGUUUUUGACCAGAUACUGUGUGUACUCUUUACAGAUUUAUGUAAUUAUUUUCAAAUAUUCCGCUAAAGUAUUUGAAGUUUGUCCGUGGAAAAUAACAUAUUGAAACUGGCUUUUGCCGUCAGCCUCAUCCCCGGCUAGGACAGAAGAAAGAAUUUGUGUGAGGUUUGAGUCACUCAGACGUACUGCUCUUUCUGGAAUAAAAGAUACAUAGCAAUCAUGCAACCAUGUUGACUUUGAAUGGAAACAAUGAGAUUCCAAUGUGAUGCUUUUAUAGCCUGAGAUCUAUCCCAACCCCCAAAUAAACUAGCAUUUGAUUUGAAGGUGACAGGAGACUUUGAUACUUUCAGGGGCCUGCAAAAAUACAAGGUGUAAUGAAAUCACUAGAAUAAUGCACAUUACAAGUUUGUUCGCAAGAGACAAUGACUAAGAUAGACACUCCUCUAUUGUUUUUUUUAAAAAAUCAUGGAUAUAUGUUAACCUAUUAUUUAGAAAUAGUACCAUUUAGCUUGUUCUCAGGAUGCUAGUUGGCUAUUUCUUUUCCACUACAAGUAGCAUUUUCCUAAUUGAAGAAAACACUAUGUACCUGAGAUACAGUCGGCUAGCCCCCUUUCCUUCCCAAUUAGCGCUACAGACAGCCGGGUCCCAAACAGGUGCUUCACAGUGAAAGUCCUCCCGAAAUAAUUACUUUGUAAUUACAUCUUGUACAGAAAUGUUUGUAAUCUUAAGUAAAUCUUAAGUAAAAACAUUAGAGGCAGGGUAUGUUCACACAGUUAAGCUGAAAGAAAGCACUAAUUUUAUCUAGUUUUGAAAUAUUUAGGCAAACUCAGAUUUUAAACUCUAGAUUGUAAAUAUAUUUUGCUAUACCUGUAUGUGGCUGCUGAAGCACUUUGUAAAGAAAACUAGGACAUUUUAGAAUGGUACACUAUGCAUUAAAAUGAAAUGUGCCUUUAACAAUGUAAUACUACAAAACUGUCUUGCAGUUAACUAUCAAAUUAAAGUUUAAACAGUGAAAUUUGUAUAUGAAAACAUGAUUUACUGAUUUGAGUUCUAUAUCCGUGUGUUGUUUGAUCUUUCUUUAGAUAAAAAUGAUGUAUUUAGAA